AUGAAUUUGAUGGAUAUGUUGAGCAGUGAAGCUGACCCGAUGUUCGAACCUCCGAUGGAAACGAUCUUGGAACAAGAAAGUCAAAAGAAAAAUGGGGUGGUCAAACAACCGGAAAAUGGGAUUUAUUUCUUCCCAACAGUUCUCACCAAACUUCAAACUGAUAUCAUGGAGUACAUCAUUAAUAUUAUGUCCCCAGAAUUAUUGAAAGAACUUGAAAAAAAUGACCAAAAGAACAAACCCCAUAGCUUGAUGGACGAUGAAUCGGAAACUAUCCAAGAAGAAUUAAAAUUCAAUGAAAUUAUUGACUUUUUGUAUGAUCAAUUGGAGAUUACUACCAAUAAUCCAUCGUUAUUAGUUGAUCAUUUCUUACCUAAGAAGUUAUUAUUAUCGGAAAUAAAUGAACAUUUGGUAAAUAUGUCAGGGAAGUUCCAAUUUUUCAAUAGACUUGUCAAUAAUUUACUUGAAAAAUUUCACCAUAGCAUCAAAUAUCAAGAAUCACCUAUUUAUAAUAUAUUAGUGAUUGCCAAUAGUGUUAAAGAGUUGGAACUCAUUGAAGGAUUGAUUAUCGGGAAACCACUCCAGUAUAAUAAUGUAAGCACGGUGAAAUUGUAUGGGAAAAAUAUCAAUGUUAAUGACUUGAAUCCUCCAGAAAGUCCAAUGAGUGAAAUAGAGAUGGAAUAUAAAAGGAAACGAAAACACAAGACUGUUAAACCCGAUAAGAAACCUAUGUUGUUUUUGAAUUUAAUAACAUCAUCUCAAUUGUAUAAUAAUUAUACUCCAUUAUUGAAUAGUGGAACUCAAUUCAAAUUGAUAUUUUCCUUUGAUAAUAAUUUGGAUACUGAUUGUCCUAGUUUGGCAAUGAUGAGGAAUUCAAGACAAGAAAUGCCUUCACAACCAUAUCAAUACUACGGACAAUACGGACAGUUUGGACAGUAUCCUCAAUAUCAAGAACCAACUCCUGCUAUUCCUAUCAUUAUCCCAAUACCGAUAUUCUCCAUUAAUCAUUAUAAGAUGUUAAAUCCACCACCAGAAAUCAACCCUAUGUUCAGUGAAAAUAACGAAUUGACCGAGUGGAAGUACCAAAUCAUCAACAGUUUCUUGGUCAAUAGAAUCAACUUAUUUGAUAACAUUGAAGAUGAUGAAGAUAAUAUUAGUGAAUUCUUCGUGGCAUUAUACGGGAAAAAUAUGAGAACUAUAGAUGAUUGGUUAAUAAGUUGGGAUUCUAUCAAUUUUCCCUUACCGGAAAUUUUCACUAAGUAUAACGAUAGAACCAUUGUUAAGUUCAAUGAUGAAAAAAUCAUCAAGAAUUUAAAUCACAGUUAUUUAGAAGGAAAAAUCGAAAAAAUCGAAAGUUUCGACUAUAAGACAUUCAAAACCAAAUUAGCUGACACCCUUUAUUAUAGACUUAAUCAAGCUAAUGAUGAGAUAUCACAAAUGAAAGUAAAAAUUCAAAAUUUCAAAGAAUUCGAAACCAAAAGACAAUUAGAUUUAGAUGAACAUGAAGAGAAAAUAGCUGACAAUUACAAGAAGUUGAAACGAUUCAACGAAGAUGCUAAUUUCAUCGAGAAGAAAUACACAAAAAUCGAUGAAGAACAUCAGAAACUAAUGGAAUCUAAAGUUGAAUUGGACACCAAGUUCAAUACUUUUGAAAGCUUUUCAUCAGCUAAUUUGAAAGAGAAAUUGGAAGAACAAGAUGCUUUGAUCAAACAAUUAACAAAGGAUGAAGAAAAUCUCAAAGAAGAGUUAACCAAGUUGAAUAAAGAAAAUGAUGAAGCAAGAGGUGAGUAUCAACAGAUAUCUACAGAAUCCAUAACAAUUAUAAAUGAAAUGAAGAAAUGGAAUAAUCUCAAUGAAAAGCUCGAGACCAAAUUGAGCUUACCAGGUAUCAAAAUACUUCCUUCAUUAAUCAAAAAAGAUGAUAAGAUCAACCAUGAAUUAUUGUUGAAGAAGUUAGAAACCGAAAAUGUAGCAUUAUCCAAGUUCCUUGAUAAUGAUCUUGAAAAGGUCAUAGGAGAAAGAAACAACCUUUUGGCUAACUCCAAUCAAGGCUCAAGUACCAGAUCAAUCAAUAGAAUGAGUAGAGGAUCAACUCCUAUGUAG